AUGUACAGGUCGCGCCCUGCCGCGGAGGAGACGGAGGUCAAGGUGGAUCCCACCAAGCUGCGCUUCGACCCCAGCGCCAUCGCCAAAUACAAAGUGAAAGGACCUGGUACCUUGCUGCCCCCCUUCGUUUCCUACAAGUUUACCCAUCUUCAUCCUUCAUCUCCGUCGCCUCGCAUCCUCCGAUUUUUCUCUUCAAGGGACCCCGAGGAAGAGGAGGAAGAAGACGAGGAAGACGAAGAUUCGUUCCUGGAUGAUGACGACGAGGACCACCACCAGGCCUCGCGGCGGGAGCUGCAGGAGCUGUGCCGCGCGUUUGCCAAGGGGCGCAACUACUGGGAGGACGAAGACGACUUUGACGACGCCGCCAUGGAGGUCUCCUGGCGCGACGCCCUCGCCGAAGAGAAUCGCAGUGCUCGCCUGGGCGCGUUGGAGGACAGGAAGGACAUGGAGGAGGAGCUGCGGCGGAAGAAGGAGAAGCAGGAGAAAAAGAAGAAGCUCGCCCAGGAACGCAAGAAGGCCCGGAGGUAG